AGAAUGAAUGACCAGUUCAUGAUACGAGCACGAGUGUAUAGUUGCGUGCAAACAAUCAAACUAAUAAGGUUCAAGAACUCGAUCAAUAAGAAAACUCAAACUAUACCUACUUGUUGAUUCAUUCGACGUAUAUAAAAUUGUUCAGCUCGCAUAAUUCAAAUUUAAAGGUGUUGUUAUGAAACGCGUCAGUCAGCAGCAACAGCAGCAGUGCAUCAAGAGAAGAGAGGCCCCGACCACGACGAUGGACGAAGACGACAACGAGCGACAACAGCUGAUGCCGUGGCCGACGAAGAGGCCGUGCAGCCGGGUGACGCAAGAGCAAGUGCAACGGGACGUCGACGGAGACGACUGCAGCUCGACGGUGCAAGCCAUAAGGGGCUACUGCCGGAAACGGAACAUGCCGUCGGACGUGUACCGGCCGGUGGUGCAGCAAGACGCUGACCGGUGCAGCGGUGGCAAGUUCCGGCUGACCGAUCUGAUCAGCGAGCUGCACAGGGUGUUCGCAGAGGACCGCGUCAACGUCGAGUACGUGCAGUACCUGAUGGAGUCGUACCGGAGCGACCCGGCCGAGUGGCUCAAAUACGCCAAGUUCAACAAGUUCCGGUACACCAGAAACCUGGUGGACGCGGGCAACGGCAAGUUCAACCUGAUGGUGUUGUGCUGGGGUGAGGGUGACGGUUCGUCCAUACACAACCACCCGGAGUCGGAUUGCAUAAUGAAAAUGCUCGCCGGACAGCUGACCGAAGUGAGGUUUGCAUGGCCCGAGAAGUCCGCAGUCGACGGCGACGACGUAGACGAAGACGACCAACAGCUCCAGCCCAUGUGCGAAAUAGGACGGACGCUCCUGGAAACGGAUGGCGUGUGCCACAUAAACGAUACGAUGGGACUACACCGCGUAGAAAACGCCAGUCACACCGACAAGGCCGUAAGUCUGCACUUGUACUGUCCACCGUUCGAAGAGUGCUCCACGUUCAACCAGCAAACCGGUCACAAGACGAUGGCUAAAUCGGCGUUUUGGUCAAUUUACGGCGAAAAAGUUUCCAAGAAACGUGCUGAAGAACAUGUACCUGCAGAUGAUAAUUAAGCUUGAGUUGCAAAAAUAAUCAUAUAUUUUUUAUGAUACCUUAUAUUUUUAUUUAGAUGAUGAAUUACUAAUUUUAUUAUACUAUCAUAUCACAAUACUAGCUAUUUCAAUGAUCGAUAUUGUUAUAUUAUAUUUUAUUAUAUACAAAAUGUUGUCUGAAAACGUAUGUCGUGUUAGAUAUAAUAUGUAUGAAUAUAUUAUACAUUAUUAUUAUCGGUAAAUGAUAUUGUAUUUUACUAUUUUAAUAUAUUAUUACAUAUUUUUUUAAAG